GGCCGGGGCGGGGCGCGCGACAGCACCGGGCGGCGAUGGCGGCUGACGGGGACUGGCAGGAUUUCUAUGAGUUCCAGGAGCCGGCCCGGAGCCUCCAGGACCAGGAAAACUGUAACGCGAGCCCCGACUCCGGGGCAGGGCCGGAUGGGGGAGGCGAUGGCUUCCGGGCGCUGGCCUGCAGCUUGGAGGAGAAACUGAGCCUGUGUUUCCGCCCCUUGGGUCCUGGCGCCGAGCCCCCGAGGGCGGCGGUGCGGCCCAUCACCGAGUGCAGCCUCCUGCAGGGGGACGAGAUUUGGAAUGCCCUGACAGAUAAUUACGGAAAUGUCAUGCCUGUUGACUGGAAGUCAUCCCACACCAGGACCUUGCAUUUGCUUACUCUGAACCUCUCAGAAAAAGGGGUGAGUGACGGCCUGCUCUUUGAUACCUCAGAUGAUGAGGAGCUGAGAGAGCAGCUGGAUAUGCAUUCGAUCAUCGUCUCCUGCGUCAAUGAUGAGCCCCUCUUCACUGCAGACCAGGUGAUUGAAGAAAUCGAAGAAAUGAUGCAGGAGUCACCAGACCCAGAAGAUGAUGAAACGCCCACCCAGUCAGAUCGGCUGUCAAUGCUUUCCCAGGAAAUUCAAACUCUUAAGAGGUCUAGUACAAGCAGUUAUGAAGAGAGAGUGAAAAGGCUGUCAGUAUCUGAAUUAAAUGAACUGCUGGAAGAAGUUGAGACGGCCAUCAAGGAGUACUCUGAAGAGCUGGUGCAACAGCUGGCCCUGCGAGAUGAACUGGAGUUUGAAAAGGAAGUGAAGAACAGCUUUAUUUCUGUUCUCAUUGAAGUGCAGAACAAACAGAAAGAGCACAAAGAAACAGCCAAAAAGAAAAAGAAACUCAAGAAUGGCAGCUCUCAGAAUGGCAAGAAUGAGAGAAGUCACAUGCCUGGCACACGCUUCAGCAUGGAAGGCAUCUCAAAUGUCAUUCAGAAUGGCCUCCGCCACACGUUUGGAAAUUCAGGUGGAGAGAAACAGUACUUGACAACAGUUAUUCCUUAUGAGAAAAAGAACGGACCACCCUCUGUUGAAGAUCUUCAAAUACUAACAAAAAUUCUUCGUGCCAUGAAAGAGGAUAGUGAAAAAGUUCCGAGCUUGUUAACUGAUUAUAUACUGAAAGUUCUAUGUCCUACAUAGCACAGCAUCCCUUCAGGAACAGCUUUAUCUUUUGUGGACUACAAGCUAUAUUUCCUAUAGCAUUAUUCUGAAAGCUGGCUACCAUUACCUUCCUGCUAUUGGAAACUCAGGACACUUGAACUUGGGUUUGUGAUUCAGUAUUACUAGAUCAUGUCCUAAUUCUUUAUAUUAUCAACGAAGAGAAAUAUGGCACUAUUUUGAAUUCUAGAGAUGGUUUUUCGUUAAAUGCUAACAAUUGCGAACUCUUCUCCAGCUUUAUAGAGGGGGAGUGAUGUUAAUUGUCCAUGUGCAGUUUAGAGUUUACAUCAGCUGAUGGUACGCCGAUCUGAGUUUUUAUGGCUUUCUAGAUCUAAACUGCACUCACUUGAGAACUAGAUUAAAGCACUGAGAGAUUUAUACUAUAGCUAUUCUUUGGUGAUGGCAAGAACCAACUCUGGUUUUUUUUAUAAGAGAAUUGUCAGUAUAAAUAUUACCUACCAGUAUUGUCCAGAGAGACUGAAACCUGGGUUGUUCUUGGAAGAAGGGAAACCAGAAUAUGCAUUAUUUUAAUACUUAGUAACUAACACUUGGAGAUGACUGAUUUUAGAGGCUGCUGUGUGUUUCACCAUUGUUCAAAUUUUAACCAUUAGGAUGCCAUUCAGAAUCUUGUAUUGUUUAAUUUUAGAGGGUUAAAUGUUUCAUUUCACCUGUCUGCGAAGAAGUGUCCUUUACAAGGAUAAGGUGCUUAAGAAACUGUAUGCUGUCGCAGCCCAUUUCCUUUUACUGUGUUGUAUUUUAUUCAUGCCUGUGUGUUCUCCUAAAGUGCUAAUUCUAGAAACAGCCAUUCAUGGAUACAUCACUAGUCAUGAAACACUUUUGCCAGUUCCAAUCAAGUCAACCCCAUUUAAUAAAUGUUGGGGGGAAAAAAGGUAAUACACGCUUGAGAGCUUUA